AUGAAUGUCUUAAGCAAAGCUGGAUGUUAAAAUGUCAAAAAAGGACGAAAACAUUAUAUUUUCUAAUAGUCACAAUAGAAUUGUUAGCAAACAGGGAAGUUAUAGGGUGAAACUAGAAACUCCGAGGAAAACAAUAUUAAAACAUUACUUGAGAGAUACAUUUACUACUCUCGUGGACGCUAAAUGGCGAUGGUCAAUAUUAUUAUUUGUUAGUGGAUUUUUAUUGACAUGGAUCACUUUUGCCGUAAUUUAUCUCGCAUUUGCUCGUAGUCAUGGUGACUUAGAAAAUGAAGAUGCAGAAGUCUGUGUGGAAAAUGUUUAUGAUUUUACUACUGCACUAUUAUUUUCAGUUGAAACACAGCAUACAAUUGGAUAUGGUUUUAGACAUGUGACCACAGACUGUCCCCAUGCUGUAUUGGUAGUAUUUAUUCAAUUCAUUCUUGGCAUAGGAGUGCAAUGUCUCACUGCAGCGAUUGUCUUUUCAAAGUUAAUCCGCUCAAAGAGGCGAGGAGACUCUGUUGUAUUUAGCCAAAAAGCUUGUUUGGCUGUCGUUGAUGGACAAUGGCGUCUUAUGGUCAGAGUCGCAGACUUUAGAAAAUCAAAGCUCGUCGGUGUAAAAGCCAAGGGAAUACUGAUAAAGCGUUCUGUAAUCAACAAUAAACACCAUCUUGAACAAACAUUCAUUGAUUUUGUUUCAGAAGGAGGAAGUGAUACUUUGACACUGUUAUGGCCUGCUGUCAUCUAUCAUACAAUAAACAAAGAUAGCCCAUUGUGGCCACCGAUGACAUUGCGAAGGUUAGGGGGAUAUUCUGAAAUUGUUGUAAGUCUGGACGGUGUAAUUGAGAGUACAAGUCGGGUUGUUCAGACAAGAACAUCAUAUAUCCCCGAAGAGAUUCAUUAUGGUUAUAAGUUCCAAAAUAUAUGCCCACAGAUAACAGAAGAUGGGAAAUAUCAAUGCAGCUACUUUGAAAUUAACACAGUUUCUCCAGUGGUAACCCCACAAUUGAGGAAAAGAAUAUCUGUUACAUCCGUAUCUUCAAAGGAAUCAAUGUAUUGACAAAAUUGAUUUUUUAUAUUAAAUGACUCAGAAAAUGGAUGAAUAUUACAAUUAACUGAGUGCAUAUCUACUUAAUGACAUCAUCCAUUGAAGAAAGAAAUAAAUCAAGAUAACAUGUGAUUUCCCAUGUAUUUGCGUGAAAUAUCUGCACAUAUUCUUUUACUACCAGUUAUGUAAGUAAACGACACUUCGCCCGCAGCAGAAUACCAUUUAGACAUGUUAAACUACUUUUUAUUAACUUAAACGUAAUGUGUAUGCAGUGAUCUACAUUAGCUUGUAUAUUGUUAUUACUUUCUAUGACAAGUGUAUUGAAUUCAAGUGAAAACAAUUAUGAUCAUCCUUCAUUACUAUGACAUGAUAAAGUUAAUGUUUGGUGUGAUGUCACAAUUACUUGCUUGGUCUAUGCAUGUCCAUCAUAUUGUCAACAAAUAUAAAUCAUAAAUGAUGGCAGAUUCAAGUUUCUCUUUAAUGUAUCACCACAAUAAAGUAACCAAAGUUAGUCAUAUACAAUUUACGUACAUUUUCGAAAAUGAAAUUUUAUUUGUACUAUAGCUUUAGAAGCAAGAAGAAAAUCAAAGCAGGAUGAUCCUUUCUCCAGUUUAGAAGGGAGAAUCGAGUUUCGUAUUAGUUAUAUUUCACGUGCUUUAGAAAAUUGUUUUAUUCUUAAAUUUAAUAUCCUUACUUAAGGCCCGUGACUCUAAAUUGGAUGCCUGUUUUUAAACUUUUAUGUACAAAUAUUGGAGCGAGAGAAUCAGAAGAACUAGGAAUCAAUUUGAAGUGGCCUUUUAAAUACUGUCUUAGGAAUCGACACUUGUUGAACGCAUGUACCGAGAAGAGAACACCAAUAUUUAUAUACUAAACAUUAAAAGAAGACAAAAAUUUGUAUUUACAGAAAAGCUCUUGCUGGCUGGUAUCUUUAUAUUUUAAAAAGUUACUUAAUUUGGAUGCACUUCAAGUAUCAUAUACUGUGUUUGAGGAUUCACAAUAUUAAAUAUUAAAUAUUAAAUCUAAUAACACAGGUAAACUCAGAUUUUAUACUAAAAUUUGCACCUCGUUUAACUUAAAAAAAAACUUACCUGAGCCUUAAUAUACAAAAAAUGAGAGGUCAGGUCUGACAAAAAUUAGAAUUAGUGCACAUUCAUAUGCUAUUGAAACAGGGAUGUACAGUAAACCAAAGACGUUAGCAACUGAAAGAUUCUGAAGCAUAUUUUGCAGAGGCAAAGUGGAAGAUGAAGUGCGCUUCCUUAUAUAUUGUCCCCUAUAUAAAAACCUUCGAGAGAAGUUAAGUAUGAUGAUAUCAAAUCAGUAAUAUAUUUAUUUAAUCUGGAAAAUUUGUUAAUGCCAGACAGAUAUGUAAUUAUUUGAGUCAAGCUUUUGAAGUUCAUAAUAACACAUAAUGUCAGUUGGUCUACCCAGAGACAUAUAUACAUAGGAAAUGGAAGUAAUAAAAUGUACUUGUGGUUAUAGCAUAUCAUCAAUUUUAACUUGUUGUGUAUGAUGUUUUACUUAUAUUAUUUGUCAUCGUUUUUAUAUGUUGUACACUUUGAUCACGCAUUGUCAUAUAUAUAAAAUGUGCUUUUUCCAAUAAAAUAUUUAAUUUGA